AGGCGGGGCUUAAACUUUGGGCACUUUUUCGAAAAACUUCAUUCAACAGUUUUGUUUUUUUGCUCACUUUUGAAGCCAGCCCGUUUGAAGCUGCAACCACGGCUCUCUCUAGGAUUUUAACUUUCAGGAAUAACGGGGGAAUCUGCGGUGCACAAUACCGACCUGCACCCAGCCGGCAUGUUGGAUUUUAUAUCUGCCGUUAUCACCAGAGCGUUAUUUAUCCUUGUCUCUCUGACCGGCGUCUGGAGGGUGACAUGGGUGAAGAAAGAUCACAAUUACUGGUUCCUGACUUUCCUCUUUCUGCCGCUUGUCGUUGAAAUGAUAAUAACGCUAAAGAGUCGAAAAGGACAAGAUUACAAAUGGUUUUCUCCUCCUAUCUUUCUGUUUCUCAUAAGUAUCAUUCCCUCCAUCUGGAUCCUGGAGCUCCACCACCAGCAGGACAAAUUCAGCGACCUUAAGUGCAAAAACCUUGUUUCUUCGGAGAAUCUGCGCAAGGUGAUCGCUCUGAACAAGACCCUGGGAAACGGAAGCCUCACAAACUACCUGAAGCAUUUUAACCAGGUGUUAUCGUCUGUAUGUUCUAACGACUGGAUCCUGGCUCUCCAUCAGAUACUGCUCAUCCUCCUCAUCUUAGGGAAGUGGCUCCUUCCGCUGGGAGGCGGAGUCACGCGGGACGAGCUCUCACAGCUUCUCCUAAUUUUUGUUGGCACUGCGGCAGACAUCCUUGAAUUUACUAGCGAGACGCUGUCAGAUGUCAAGACUGACGUCUUUUCCAGAGAGAACAGCCCUCAGCUGGUCUACAUCAUCUUAGCUGUAUGGACCUGGAGCAUGCUGCAGUUCCCAUUACAUCUGGCUGUGGUGAACUCCAAGCCAGACAGUGAGGGUGAGCAUGGGGUCCAGGAGAUGUCCCUCAUGACUAAGCACAGCACAGAUAUGUGGAGCAUCUUGGAGGCCUUGUUUAUCCAGGACGGGCCUUUCCUGGUGGUCAGGCUCACUGUUAUGACCUACUAUGAAGUCUUCCACCAGAUGUUGGUGUUCUUUGCCAUCAAGAACUUCCUGGUGGUCAUACUGAACUUGUACAGGUUGGUUGUUCUAUGCCAGGGCUCCAGCAGAAGAGUCAGCCGGGACACCGCUAUCCCAUGAGUUUGCAUGUCAUCUCAAAUGGGGAAUCGGGAGAUGGAGAGAUGUUACACCCAAAGUUUUACAGUUACAGUGGACUGGUAAAAACUGCAAUUGGAGCAGGAAAAUAAGUGCUUGCUCUGUGUUUUCUUCUCAGAAUGUACUUAACUCAAUGGUGGGAUCAAGGUUGUGAAUAAUUGACGCUGUUGGGAACAGAAAACUGUGAACAAUUAUUUUCUUACACUUGCAACGGAAUGAAGUUGCCAAGUUCACAGCCCACACUUGACAGCAUCGGACUAAUUUCGAAGCUUAUAGCCUUAUUGACAUUUCAGUCCCCCUGGAGCUAACCUCGGUCCACUCAUUUAAAACCACCGUUUAUUCAGUACUUAAACUUGUCUGUGUGCAUGAACAUGCUGCAUGCAUUUAUUCAACCUGUAUUGUUUCAUAUAUACAAAGACAAAAACACAAAUACAUAUGUAUACUCUAAUCUCUUCUUUCAAAGAAUAACUGAUGUGAGCUGGUUUGCAUUUCUCGCUUAAACUUGUCUGUGUGCAUGAA